UUUAACACGUGGUAGUCGGCUUUCGCCACCAAUAUUAUCCAUCAGAGGUUUUUUUUUUGCGUGGAAAAAAAACUCCGAAUCAAGCGGACGAAGGCUGAUGUCUUCGCCAGCCUUCAUGAAAUGAUGCAGGGAUUAAAAAGAAAAUCGCGACCUAUUGUGGAUUUGUUGAAAAAGCAAGAUCGUAAUCGUGGCGUGCUCGUUCGCUGGUUGUACGUGGGAGCGGCAGGGCUUUCGAACGGUGCGUUUAUGUAAAGACGGUAUCACGUAUCAGGGGCCCUCGUUAUAAUGGCAUUAUAGCCCUGAUAAUAACCCCUAUUAGGGCAAUGAAUGGGCGUGUUUAUUCCCCAUCGAGGGGCUGCAUCACGCCCGAUUAGCGAUGCCCUGCGACGCGCAGGGGCGUGGGGAGGGGAGGAUUAAUAUUUCAAGUCGGUUGGGAUUUGCUCGUCGAUGUGAUGGGGAGAAGGAGGGAGGGGAGGGGAGGGCAGGAGGAGUGUGAUGGUGGUGGUGGGUGUGUGGUUAAGUCCACGGUUGACACAAAACACUCUUUGUGGAUGCACGCACGCACGCACGUGGAUAUACAUACACGUGGACACACACACACACACACGUGGACAUACACACACACACAUACACACGCACGCGCGCGCAAACAUAACCUCACCAUCCACACCCCCCAUACACAUGCAGGUCCAUAUAUAAGUGGAGCGAACUUUUAUUUCAACUUGUGGAAGUAAUCGGGAGUCUUGGGCUGCAAUACGCAUUGACAUAACGAUAUCACUCUGCACGCGUGCCGCCAUACAAGCCACGACCAUUGCCACCGGCCGUACGAAGCGAAUUUUGAAAAAAACAAAAACCAUCGCGCAAAAUUUAUCGUUAUUUUCCCUGGCCACUGCGCCCGCCUUGGACGAUGUUCCCCGUGGCCCUGGCCUCCGGCCAAUGUCACCGCCACGGCCAAGCCCACGAGCGGCCAGUGGCCUCGCGGGCCAAGACGACGGAGCCGUCCCGCCCCUACAGCUUCCUCAUCGCCGACCUGCUCGGCCAUGGGGUGGCCACGGUGGCCGACGCGACGCGACAGGGACCGGCGUCGGGACAAGGGGCGGAGAUGGGAUCGGUGUCCGGCGAGGCUCGCCCCGUGGUGCCGGGGGCGGUGCUGGCGGUGGACAAUCCGGUGGUCACGGGCCGUGGGGUGACCACGGUUGGGCCCCCGGGAGCUGGGGACUCGCCGCCGUCGCGGCUGGCGUUUGGGGUCGAUGCCAUUCUGUCCCGCGUGGAGCGGCCUUCAGAUUCACACUCGCCCUGGAGGGAGCGCUUUGACCCCUUGACCCCGCGUCACUCCAACCCCACCGUGCUGCCUCUGUACCUGGAGGGAGCCUUCUACCCCAUCCUGGGCUGCCCCCUUCCACCAGUGCCGUGCCCCUGGGCCGUGCUGGCCCGCGCCAGGCCCCGGCGCUCCAUGCCCAAGCGUGCCGUCUUCUCGGAGGAGCAGAGGCGUGGCCUGGAGAGGGCCUUCCGCCGGCAGCGCUACAUCGCUCGGCCUGAGAGGCGCCGCCUUGCGGCCCGCCUGGGCCUCCGCGACGCUCAGGUGAAGAUCUGGUUUCAAAACCGCCGGAUGAAAUGGCGCAACUCGAGGGAGCGAGAGCUGCUCAGCACCGCCGGGGGCGGCUCGGACGAUGGGGAUUUCUGCAUGGGCGUCGCGGAAACAUCAGGAGGCGGCGGCGGAGAGGAGGAGAAGGAGGCAGCGAGCGGCUUCACCGACACGGAGAGGGCUCGCAACCGCUCCCCCCUCGCUCCGUGACGGAGCCGCGGAGGACGGCAGGCGACGGACGGGCAGACGCGGUCGGGGAAAAACAAAGAAAGACGGAGAGCGGAGGGAAGGCGCCUCCCGCGGCGACGGCCAGGGAUCCCCCUCGCGUGCGACCCACGCAACGCCGUCCAGGGGGGGGGGGGGGGGGGGAAGUUCCCGCAGCGGCUUUUGGCUCGCCGUCGAAACAAAGGCGGCCGCCGGCCGUCGCGCGGCGCUUUCAGACGCCGCUGCUUUCCGCGGCCGUCCGGAAACGCUCUUCCCUUCCGAUGCUAGGAAGCCGCUGUGAACUGUGCACUUUCACAUCGACACCUAGAUUGAAAACGCAUUUCUUUCAGAACUGAAUUGUUGCGUUGUUUGUUGUCCUUCCCCCGCACCUCCGAUGAGCCACGGUUGGCUACGUACGGGGCGAAAGAAGUUCGACGUAGGUGCGCACGUAGGCGGUCGUGGCAGGGGCGCGUGGGCGGUGGGGCCGUGGCUGCCGCCACUUCGGAGGACCUCGCGGUUGCACCGCCCGCACGCGGCUCUCUCUGUCUCUCUGUCUGUCUCUGUCUGUCUCGCUGUCUCUGUCUCGCUCUCUGUCUCUGUUUGUCUCUCUGUCUGUCUCUGUCUGUCUCUCUGUCUGUCUCUCUGUCUG